CACAACGACUAGAACGAUGCCUGAGUGCCGGCCUGCCGCCUUCCUCUUCCUCAACUUCCCUCACCAGCGGGUUCCCUAGUUCCAGCUCCACCUCGAGCUCUGGCUUGCUGAGCGCCAACCCAAUUCUUUCCAGAAAGUCUUCAGCUCUCAAAGAGACGAGCAGAAUACCAGUAUGGAACAAGUCGUUACAUCGACCAGGACUUGCACCUCUGGUCAAAGUGAACGGAGAUGAGCCAAAGGAGACUCUAAGUGCUGGUGUCGUUCCCUCGGCACGUAUGGCGACGUUGAACCCAAGACGUGCAGUCAGUGCGUUUAUUCAACACGACCCAGUCCAAUUAGCACCUCUCUCCAACGCUGGUUCUUCUACGAAACCCGUCAGUUCACGGCCUGUCGGUGGUCUCGCCAAGGGCCGCGUUGUAUCGAUGCUGGUAACAAAGAGCACCUUUGGCGAUGAGGAAGCAGCGAGCUCGGAUAAUGACGUCACCUUUGAUAGUCCCAGCGCUCCCAGAGCUGUCGGUGCACACCGCCGCAUGAAGAGUAACGGGACAGUUGGUAUUGGAAGGGGACCAAAGAGUGCGUUCCCAACGGGUAGCAUGAGAAUGCGCUCCCCAACUCAGCACUAUCAGAAAUCGGCUACAGCCUUCCAACCUAUGCAGGCUGUAACAGAUCCGAGCCCCUUCAAGCCUUUGCUACCAUUUGGCGACGCUGAGCAUUUUGGCAAGAUAUUGCCUUGUCAUAGCGUGAAGCAAGACGGUUUGAUGCGCAUUACUCCUGAUACAAUGCGUUCACUAUUAUCUGGAGUUUACGACUCUCAAAUGGCCUCGUACCGAAUUAUUGACUGCCGAUUCGGAUUCGAAUUCGAAGGUGGCCAUAUUGCUGGGGCUGUAAACCUCAACAACAAUGACGCUCUUGAAAAAUUCUUCUUUGAAGAUGCGAUCAAGAAUGGAACAUUGCCAACUCCAAGUCAAAGUGGUACUCCUGGUCUUAAGCAGACUGUCAUUAUUUUCCACUGCGAGUUCUCUGCAAAGAGAGGACCUACCUUGUGA